AGAGUGUUCGGUAUCAUGUCCGAUGAGCAAUUUUUUCGUGAAAUAAGAGCAACCAUCAUCGACGACACUCGCAAAAUGUUGGAGAAUGCAGGUGGAUCGAAAGACAGGAAAGGAUCAGCAAAAGAAAACAACAAACCGAAGAAUGAUAAGCGAGCUGUACGUCAGCUUAUUGAAGAGCUUGUAAGUCAGAAGAAAGCGAAAGAAAUCGGCCAGCGUUCUUCUUCACCGGGCCUGCUGCCGCCGGGAGAGCGGAAGAGCAAGGAAAAGAUACCCAAGGAAAGAGGUAAACAGCAGGAAGGCAAAUCAAAAGCAAAGGAAACUAUGCAAAACGAUUCGCAAAAGAUUGAUGUGGAGUUAGUGACUUUCCAAAUGGAGCCCAAAAUCGAGAAAGUAGUCACAAAGCAAGAGACCCACAGUAGAUCGGACUCGGAAGACGAUGAGCCACCGUUGGGCCUACCAGAGAGAAGAAGUCAAGAUAAGAAAGUUAAGGAAAAAAAGGACAAAAAGGAACUCAAAUCCAAAUCGAAGGAUGGUCCUGUGCACCGCGAAUUGCUGAAAGGCAAUAAUGCUAAGUCAAAACCCAAGAACGAGGAUGUAACCAACCUAAAGUUUUCGCUGUUGACGAAAAAGAUCGACGAGAUUGUGGAACAGAUCGAUGGCAUAAAGCGAGAGUUUGGCGAUAAAAAUGGGAAUUUACCGAGGGCAGAUACAGCUGGUGGUGGCAUUACGAAUAAUGCACCUGAAAAGAAGGAAAAAAAGGUGAAGCCAACAGCAAGAUCAGCCUCAGAAUCGAGAGGUGGCAAGAAGGAAUCGAAACGGAAGGAUAAACAACUUGCAGUUCCGCCUGCAAGAAAGGAUAGCGCCCAAGCGGUGGAUGAAUCGCUGGAAAGCGAUGAGUCGCUACCACCGGAGCAUCGACUGCUCGUCCAGCUAUUUAUGCUAAGUUCCAACCAGCGGAGAAAAUUUAUUGAAAAGCAGGGCAUAGAGCUUGGCCUGCUCAAUGCACACCCAUACAAGAAGCACGUUGUGCUGGUGAACAAAAGCAUUAUGCCAGUCGCAGAGAGUUUGGCUGCAGAUGCGAGACGGUAUCUUGCUGAGCAGAAUGGUACUGUUGCACCGACGGUGCUGGUAGCAACGUCAUCUAAGCACCGUGCGGAUCAAUCGACACAACCAGCGACAUCGGCUAGUAAACCGAAACGUAGUGAUAAGGGAUCUUACGAGGAUCAGGUGAACUUCCUGCUGAACGAACGCGUAAAGCGCUCGAAGGAUGAAUCCGACUUGGUGCUGGGUGACAUACGGAACAAAGCGAACGAAAUUGUACAGGAACGAUUGGAGUCGUUUGUUGGACGUUUGGUAGAUCAAAAAGUCGGCUACAUGAUGGAGGGCAUGCUGCGGGUUAAUGCACGCAACAAUAUGCAAUCGUUUGUGGACGAUCCUUCGCGCACGGGAAACAUUUACAUAAACUCCAUCCUUCUGCGACGUUGCGCCAUGGAUGGUGAUUUGGUACGCGUGUUUGUUUUCGAUCAAGCCCCGGAAUCGGAUGAUAAAUCGGGUGAGGAGAGUACGGAGGGCGAGGAGGAAGAAAAAGCCGUACAAAAUAAUGCCGGAUUUGUGGUGUGCAUCUUGGAGAAGCGGCACAACCGUCAGUGCGUUGGCAAAUUUCUGCCAGCAUCUCAGGGCAAGAAACACUAUCGGAUGUUCGCUCCAAGGGAUAUGCGUAUACCGCCUGUGCGUGUUUUCAAGCAAGAUUGGCCAAACGCUUUGUUGGAGAUCAAGCAAACGAAGCUGAAGGAUGACGUCGAUGAUGACCACAACGUUGACGACGAACGAGAUGACAAAGAGUCACCAAAAGGUGCAGCAGAUAUUACGGAAGUGCUGUACCAAGCCGAAAUUAUCGAGUGGCAUGACGAAGUACCGAUCGGUACGAUAUUGAAAUCGAUCGGUAAAUGUGGUUUGCUAGAGGUGGAAAACGAAUCCAUCCUGGUCGAACACAAUCUGGAUGUGACGCCAUACGGGGAAGACAUAUUGGCCCAACUUCCGGCCGUACCGUACAACAUUCCGGCGGAGGAAUUAGCCCGUCGCGUAGAUCUUCGCGGCGAGUGUAUUUUCACGAUCGAUCCGGCAACGGCACGGGACCUGGAUGAUGCGCUAAGCUGCAAGCAGCUACCGAAUGGGAAUUAUCAGAUCGGUGUACACAUAUCCGACGUUACGUACUUCCUGCGUGAAAGUUCACCGUUGGACGAGCUGGUAAAGUUAAGGGCCACCUCCAUUUACAUGGUGGACACGGUGUACCACAUGCUACCGAAGCAGCUGUGCAACACCUGCUCGCUACUGCCCGGCGAAGAUAAGCUCGCCUUUUCGGUGUUUUGGGAAAUGGAACCGGAUGGGACGGUAUUGAGCACACGCUUCGAACGCAGUGUCAUCAACUCCUGUUCUCAGUUAUCGUACGAACAUGCCCAGCUCAUGCUAGACAAUCCAAACUGUGAGGUGGAUGAAGAUCAGUUUCCGGAAAUUCUGCACGGCUACAGUGCGAAGUCGCUUUGCAAAAUCGUUAACACGCUGCAAUCGAUUGCGAUGAAGCUGCGCCAGCGCCGAAUGGAUGACGGAUGUCUAAAGAUUAAUCAGCCAAAGCUAACGUUCCGGCUUGAUCCAGCCACCGGUCGACCGAUCGAUUACGGUGUGUACAAAAUUCGGACCAGUAACGAAAUGAUUGAAGAUUUUAUGCUGCUAGCAAAUAUGUCCGUUGCGUCGGCGAUACAUAAGGCAUACCCAGACAUAUCGCUGCUUCGCUCGCACAGUGCACCGGCGGCGAACAUGAUGAAGAAUUUGGUCCGUACGCUUUCGCUGCAUGGGCAUGCACUAUCCUACACCAGUUCGAAGGAUAUCCGCGAAUGUAUGGAAACCAUUAUCGCUUCAUCAGUGCAUCCUGAUGCGACCCAGAGCGUGCUGAGCGUGCUACUGGCUAAACCGAUGACUCGGGCCCAAUACUAUUGCUCCUCGUUUGCAUCCACUGCCGAGCAAUUUGCACAUUACGCGCUGGCUAUACCCAUGUACACCCACUUUACUAGCCCGAUUCGGCGCUACGCGGAUUGUCUGGUGCAUCGGGUACUUGCCGCCAUGCUGGGAAUCGAUGUGACACCGAAACGAUCGCCCGAAGAGCUACAGUGUCUGGCGAUGGUUUGCAACGAUAAGAAGUAUAACGCCAAACUGGCUGGUGAGGCAAGUUCGCUGCUUUACUAUCGACACUGGUUGGCAUCGGUCGGGGAGUACGAAACGGAUGCAGCUGUCAUGGGAUAUGCGGCCCAUUUCAUUGAGGUAGUAUUGAUCCAUUCCGGGAUCGUACUGAAAGCUGCAGUAAAGAAAAUUUCUGCAGUUGCAACGGUUGUCUAUAAACCGAUCGAACCGGUUGGUAGUUGUCUGCUUGUUCCGGUAGAUACCUCUAUACCUCCACUUAAGAUAACACUCUUUACCAAGGUUCGUGUCACGGUGAAGGUCGUGAAGGAUGUGAUCACCGUGUGCUCUAUACUGCCCAUUGUUGAGCGUAAAAAGUCUUCGAAGCCCAGUAAAGCUCAAGCCCUCGAGCAAUCAGUCACUGAUUUGAUAGCGGAUAUUAAGUCCGCCGGUAUAUACUAA